CAGCAGACAGCUCAUCUUAGCGCUGGUUGAUAACUGCGCGCCGUCCUGUUCUCCCGGAUCUGUGGACACCUCCUUUCCUCUACUUCUCGCCCUCCGCGACAGUCUGGUCCAAAGAAACCCGUUUGGGUCUCCGUCACAAGCCGUUCUCCUGCCACAGCCUCCAUUGGCUGCUCUGUCGUGCUCUCGACAGAGUGAAGCGGCUGUUACGGCUCUUGAUAUCCUCAUUAGGAAAUCCACUCGCUUGCCCACACUCGUUCUGUAGUGGCCACUAGGAAGACGAGACUAGCUGUGAUACAGCGAGUUUGACAGACUCUUCAUCAGUUCGAACUCGUCGCAGCCCCGUCCUCCAUGGUGCACUCGUGGCGCCCCUGGGCCAUCGCGGCCCUGGUCCUAAGCCCUCUCGUUGCUGCAACGGACCACACAAAAACCGUAACGCAGACGGUCAGCGACGUGAAGACUGUCACUGACGUGAAGACUGUCAGCGAUGUGAGGACUGUCACCGACGUGAAGACUGUCAGCGAUGUGAAGACUGUGACCCAAAGCGUUCACGUGCCUACCACCAAGGUUGAAUGGGCCACCACUAUCAUUCCCACGACUGUCACGGUGAAGAAAACGGAGACCGUGAGCAAGUGCUCGGUUGUUCCCAAGACGUACAUGGAGAAUGGGCAGUUGGUUCGCAGACAUGACGAGACCUGUGUGGUGGCAACCGUCGUCUCCACCCUGACGAUCGGCACGACGUACACGACCAAGGUCCCUACUACGGUUCAGACCACGGUCACUACCACGACUACGAAACCCGAGACGAAGACGACAAUCACCACCAAGGCCACAACGGCUACUGCGACAACGACGAAGCCUUUGACCGAGACUUCGGUUAUCAUCACUACACAGCCGCCUGUGACAAGAGUGAUCACCACUACGUCGCUGAGCACGCGGACUAUUACGACUGUUCAGCCAGCCAUCACCGUGACUAUGACCAAGGAGGGACAAACUGUCGUGACCACUCUCCCGGCGGCGACCGUGACUCGGGUGGAAGUCAUCACGCUGAGGCCUGAGACCCAAACUCUCGCGACAAUUACCGUCUCGCCAGCUCCCGCCUGCCCGGCUCCCACACCGUCUGGAGCAAGGAGGGUCAUUGACACCCCGAAGAAUUUCAAGUGGGGCUGCGCGCCGGGCUAUGUAUGCAAUCCUCCCAAGCCUGGUGGCUGCGCGGUCUGGGAUAGCGCUCCUCCCGACGACUUCGCAUGCGAGCCACAGCACUGCAUCCAGGCGCCGCCCAUCAAGCCCGUGCACUGGGCUGAGAACGAGACGGGCUACUACCCGCCGGCCGAGGGCUACUUCAACCUCGACCCCCGGGCCUUUGGUCUCAGCACUGGCAUCUUCGAGAAAAUCGAGGUGAUUAAAAUGGUGGAUGGGGAGACGCAGACCAUCACUACCGGCAUCUGGACCUCGCAGGCCUCACUGAGUGUCUAUCCGCCUCCAACACCCUCGGCAGAUGCAGUUCACACUUACAAACCCAAGAAGCGGGGUGCCGCGCCUGUCUGGAAGCCGAAGAACCAGUACAGUAGCAGAUCGUUCAAGGAGCUGCUAAAGGCCGCCAAGCGGGGCCUGCUAAAGCGCCAAGUAGCCUUCGAGCCCAACGCACCGAUAUCGCCGAGAUGCUUCCAGUUUUGUAACAAUGCGUUCCGCGAAGCUCAACGCCGCGGUAAGAUACCUGAGCUUUGCGCACCAGGGUCGGCCUUCAAGGGUGAACUAGCGACUUGCUUGGAGUGCAGUGACACUCAGCUUAACACAACCAUUGGUAGUGGUGGCAGAGUGUAUCUGGUCCAGGAGUUCGUCGGAUACCUGAGCUACUGCGAUGACGUCGGGGACCCCACCACAACCGCGGGCACCAAUCCGGCACCCCAGGUCUCUACGACAGAUGUCACGACGACGGGCCAGGGAACGGGCAUGAACACCAGCGCCCCGGUCCCGAUCUCAACUUCCACCACCACCACUGCCUCUUCGACGAGUGCCAACGUCACCAGCUCAAGCUCCUCGUCAAGCAGCACACCUACGUCAACGUCUACGACAAGUAGUAGCGCGUCAAUCACAAGCUCGUCUUCAUCCUCGAGUAUCAGCACCAACACCAGCACUUCGCUCCCGAUCGGGACCAUCUCCAGGCCUCCUGGAACCACCACCAGCAGGCCCCCGACGGUGCCAGCGGCCGGUGCCUCCUCUUGGCGCCAACCCACCCUAACGACACUCUUCUUACUUGUCGCAACCUUCUUCGCCUUAUGAGGGGCCAGGUGAUAAGGCAUUCAUUUGCCCUUGGGCCUGUCCUGUGUAGGGAUGUGUCAUGGUUCUCCAGCCACGCCCUUGGUCCGCUUUUAAUGUUUAUUUGGUCGUUCCUUGCUCAUCACCCUUCACGCUCCUUGGUCCUAUUGUGGUGUCCAUGGGCACUCCUUUCUGGGCUCACAACACCGUCGGCAUCUGGGCUCGCACAUUCAUUUUGACUGGGCUAUUCCACGUUUGGGCUUAUGCGUUGAUUUUCCUCGCUCUGAUUUCUUGUUUUGUUUGCACCUGAAAAGAUACCCUUUGAUUCUACUCGCUCCUUGACACACGCCCAUGCCACAGCAACAGUCUUUUGCGCAGAGUCUGCACAGAGCUCUACCUGCCCGGGAGGCUGCGGCUUAUGGAUACACUUGGGCCUAAUUUUUAAAGACUAUUGAUGGUUUACGAUUGCAGGUUUAGCCGGGAGGAAGAGCAUUGCGCCGGGGGGAUAGAAACAAGGAAGUUGGAUUGUAGAAGGAAAUAAUAAAUCGGGCGUCGUUGUAAUGACGGAGUUAAACUGAGUGAUUGAGACGCGCGACAAAGUACAGACCAGGGUAAAAACAACCAAGAUUGGAAGAGGCAAGC